GAAGACGCAAACAAACCCAAAAAACGAACAUUUCGAACGUUCCACUACAGAGGUGUGGAGCUCGAUAAGCUACUGGAUUUGAGUCAGGAUGAACUGAUUAAACUUUUCCGAGCAAGGCAGAGAAGAAAAUUCAAAAGAGGAAUAAGUAAGAAAGAAAAAUCUCUUUUGAAAAAACUGAGAAAAGCAAAAAAAGAAUGUGAAAUUGGAGAAAAACCAAGAGCUAUCCCAACACACUUAAGGAACAUGACUAUCAUUCCCGAGAUGGUUGGCUCAAUCGUUGCUGUGCAUAAUGGUAAACAGUACAACAAUGUGGAAAUAAAGCCAGAAAUGAUUGGCUACUAUUUGGGUGAAUUUUCCAUUACGUACAAGCACACGAGACAUGGAAAGCCCGGUAUUGGUGCCACGCACUCGUCCCGUUUCAUCCCGCUGAAGUGA